AUGAGUAAAGUAAAUUUAGAUAUACAUCCAGAAAAAUACCAGAGUCCAGGAAAUGGAAUAAAAGGUACUGAAAAAGACUUUCUUGGAAAAUAUACUACGUAUUACUAUACAAAUGGAGCUGAAAAAUUUACAUUAACUGGUUUAUCAUACAAAAAUACACGAUUUUCCACUGUAGUUUUAACACCUAUUACAGACGUUAAAAAUGUUGUAACAUAUUUUGAGAAUGGGAACAAGAAACUCCUUAUAAUAUACAUAAAAACCACUACCAAACACUUCUACUAUACUAAUAACAAUGCUAUCUCCAAUACAAAUAGCAAUACAGAAUUUGCUGAUUUUGUGACAAAGGAUGGUCGGGCACUUGGUGAAGAUCCUGAACUUAAGGAAAUACUACAAAAGAUAGAAGAUGACAAGAAGCUUUAUUAUAACGAUUUGUCCGUAGAACUUAAGGAUAAACUAUGGAGAUCAAGUUCUGUGAUAUUUGACCUUAGAAAAAUACCAAAACAAAGCUAUAACUCUGAAGUAACGGAUGAAAAUAUUACCAUCAGUGAGCCCACUGAAAUAGAUAAUACAUAUUCUAGGGUUGAACAUGGGAUGGCAAGUGAACCAUUCUACAUUAAAGGUGUUACGCUUCCUAAUAGUGAAUCUAUGACAUUGGAUGGUGGUUUCCCAAACGACCCACUCGGAAAAUUUUAUAUAUACCAGAAAACUGAUGACUACACAAACCCCCUACUAGUUACUUUGAAAGUUAACGUUAGUGGCAACGUAGAAAGGUACAUAAAUAGCUACUAUUACCUCUCCAAAAAUUCCAAUAAUAGUGAUAAGUGGGACAUUAGCAGAGUUGCAGGAGUUGAUAUAGGUGACAGUGAUAUUAAAGCAAUAUUGGACAACAUCGUUGACUAUAACAAACUUGAUGUUUCCGGCCUACCUCCUACAGUAAGUGGUAAGUUGAAGGACCUUACCAAGGAUCUCAUUAUUGACCUUACUAAGACUAUAGACACUUCUGUAGGAAAUACGAAAGAAUACUAUUCGGAGGGAGUGCAUAUUCCUUACAUUAAAGAGAAAAUUCAGGUUCAGAGUUAUUCUGUAAUAAGACAUGCCCAUACAUUUCCUAGUUUUACAGUGAAGAGCAUCAAGACAGGUUCAGGAGAUAUAACUGAAAAGCAACUUCCUCCCUAUGGUACACUACUUGGUGGAUUAAACGUAUACUGUAAGGAUAAUUUAUAUAGUGACCCAGUUCUCAUAGAGCUUUUCUGCCUUGAUACUAGUGGCAACGAGAAAUAUCAAUCUUCAACAACAUUAUUAUUCCCGAGACAAAAAAGAACAAAUGGCCAGGAUAUGCUCUCAGUACAACUGAUAUGUUAA